AUGGCGAGCCAAGCUCCUGCUGACACCCCGGUCGCUUCUGACGCGGCGGUAACUCAGACCCUUCCUGACCGCACCAAAAACCCCGCUGAUAAGGAUGCUCCCCAGGGAGAUGUCUCGAAGAAUGCCGCAAAGAAGGCCGCGAAGGCUGCAGAGUUCGCCGCUAAGAAGGCUGAGAAGGCCGCCAACAAGGCUGCUGGAAAGCAGGAGCCCAAGAAGCCCGCUGCUGCGAAGGCUCCCAAGAAGAAGAUCGAUGGUGCUGCUCUGAUUGGUAUUGAUGUCUCCAAGGAGGAGGAUUUCCCUGGAUGGUACCAGCAGGUUCUUACAAAGGGUGAUAUGCUCGACUACUAUGACGUUUCGGGAUGCUUUAUUCUCAAGAGCUUCCGUGCUGAUAUGACUCAGCCCGCUUCGUACUUUAUCUGGGAAGAGAUCCAGGACUGGUUCAAUGCGCGCAUCAAGAAGAUUGGCGUUAAGAACUGCUCGUUCCCUCUGUUUGUCUCUGAGGAUGUCCUGAACAGGGAAAAGGAUCACAUUGAAGGCUUUGCUGCUGAAGUUGCUUGGGUGACUCAUGCGUACGAUUCCUCCAGACCCUCGUAUAUUGGCUCUAGCCCUCUCGAGAAAAAGAUCGCUAUUCGUCCGACAUCGGAGACGGUUAUGUACCCGUACUACUCCAAAUGGAUAAGAAGUCACCGCGACUUGCCCCUUAAACUGAACCAGUGGAACUCCGUCGUGCGAUGGGAGUUCAAGAACCCCCAACCUUUCCUCAGAACCCGUGAGUUCCUCUGGCAAGAAGGACACACGGCUCACUUGACAAAGGAUGGUGCCCAUGAUGAAGUUAUGCACAUCCUCGAUCUGUAUGCUCAAAUCUACGAGGAGCUCUUGGCUGUUCCCGUGGUCAAGGGUCAGAAAACAGAGAAGGAGAAGUUCGCUGGUGGUCUGUACACCACUACCGUUGAAGGUUACAUCCCCGCCACUGGCCGUGGUAUCCAGGGUGGUACCUCCCACGGUCUUGGCCAGAACUUCAGUAAGAUGUUCAACAUCACUGUCGAGGAUCCCUCCACCAAGCCCGAUGAGAAGAAGCCUCCUCUCCAUGUGUGGCAGAACUCCUGGGGUCUGUCCACCCGUACCCUUGGUGUCAUGGUCAUGAUCCACAGUGAUAACCGUGGUUUGGUCCUCCCCCCUCGUGUCGCAGACACCCAAACCGUUAUCGUCCCUGUCGGUAUCACUGCCAAGACCAGCGACGAAGAGCGCGAGAAGCUGUACGCCGAGAUCGAUGGCCUCAUCAACAUCCUGACCGGCGCCGGUGUCCGCGCCAUCAGCGACAAGAGAGAGGGCUACUCCCCCGGCUGGAAGUUCAACGACUGGGAGCUCCGCGGUGUGCCCCUGCGCAUCGAGUUCGGCCCCGGUGAGUCUGUCGGCCAAUUCGUCACUGCCGCCCGUCGUGACAUCCCCGGCAAGGACGGCAAGUCCAGCAUCCAGAUUUCCGAACUCUCCACCGCAGUCCCCGCCCUACUCGAGCAGAUCCAGAAGGAUCUCUACAGCCGCGCAGAGGAGACCUUCCGCACUCACCGCAAGCUGAUCACCAACUGGGACGACUUCACCCCAGCCCUCAACGACAAGAACAUCUGUGUCAUCCCCCACUGUCUCACCGAGGAAUGUGAGGACCAGAUCAAGGACAUGAGCGCCCGCAAGGCAGAGGAAGACUCCGGUGUCCCUGAAGACGCUAAAGCCCCCAGCAUGGGUGCCAAGUCUCUGUGUAUCCCCUUCGAACAGCCCGAGGGCAUCGUUGCCGGCGAGACCAAGUGUGUCAACCCCAAGUGCACCCGGCUUGCCGAGAAAUGGUGCAUGUUCGGCCGCUCCUACUAA